GGGGUAGGCCGCUAGAAGAGGGGUAGCCGGGUAGCUAAAGUAACCUUCUAGUAACUGGAUGCAGGAGAGCUCACGCACUAUUCAUUUGGUGAUUUUGGAAACUUCAGAUUUGAAAGUUGAAAACUUGAGAUUUGAGCAACAAGAAGCUACUAGUAGCUAGAAGCUACUAGGUGGAGGAGGCCAUUCCUAUUAGGUUCCUUAUGCUACGAACGGAGCUCCUGGCAUCGCUCGAGUUGGGAUUCUGAGGCAGCGUUCAUCAACUCCCCCACCGGGCCUCUCACGACCCAUUUCUGGGGGCCUGUGGCCAAUUGGGGAUUGGCAGCCUCUGGCAUGUAUGAUGCUGCUCUCAAAGGGCCCGAGAUCAUCAAUGAGCGUAUGUCAGCAACGCAGGUGCCGCUACUAGGGGCUCCUGGCAUCGCUACUAGGAACAAUGAAGAACAUCCAUGGCCUUGCGACAACUCUCCGCAAACUUUUUCGAGCACACAGGUGGGCGGAGCAUAAGAUGGCUUCUGAGCCGGAAACUGGCCCAAGCACAGUGCGAAACGCUGGUUUGAUGGCAGCUGGUGCAGCAGCAGGCAUCGGAGCGAUGAUUGCUGCAAGCACGCCUCUCCAGAACAGCUUGAAGGGGGGCAGCGGAUUCUUGGCACGAAUGGCCACACACCCUGCUGGGCCUUUCUACAUUCACUUCUGGGCUCCUAACUUCAAGUGGGCACUCUCAAUCAACAAUCUCAUGGACUAUGAUCGGCCCACUGACAAGAUCAGCUUAUCAAUGACAAGUGCAUUGACCUUGACGGGUCUCAUUUUUAUGCGCUGGUCCUUCGUGAUUACGCCUGUGAACUACAGCCUUUUUGCUGUGAAUUGCGCGUUGUCAACCUCUUCCGGCUAUCUCCUCGCGCGGAAAGUGAAGGCAGAUUAUUUUGAAGCGGCAUGAUCUUUAAAGUGGGUAAUUUAUAAGUUCAUUGUUUGGAAA